AUGGCAUUCGAAGGAGUUCCCGAUAAGAUGCUUGCAGCACAAGUCGUUGAAUUCAAUAAACCCUACAAGAUCCACCACAUCCCCACUCCACGCGGUCCCCUCCACGAACACGAUAUACUAGUACGUGUGGCCGCGGCAUCUCUCUGUCACACAGAUGGUAUGGUACUGGAAGGCGUACUGGGCACGCCCCUCCCGUGUACCGCCUCGCAUGAAGGAGCCGGCACCAUUGUCGCUAUAGGCUCUAGCGUGUCAGGCUUCAAGCCAGGAGAUCGCAUCCUAUGUAGCUUGACUUAUCAUCGUUGUGGCGUCUGUUCAGAUUGUACCGGGCCCGAGCAUGUACAGCAGUAUUGUGAUCAUAGCGGAGGGUAUCUGGGCGUUCGCAGAGAUGGGUCAUUUGCCGAGUAUGAGGUUGUUGAUGGAAGGGAGUGCAAUUUGUUACCGGAUAAUUUGAGUUUUGAAUCCGCGGCUCCAUUGGCUUGUGCUGGAAUCACUAUUUGGAGCGGUCUCGCGAAAGCGGGCUUGAAAUCGGGAGAAUGGAUAGCAAUAGUAGGAGCGGGUGGAGGUCUAGGUCAUUUGGGGGUGCAGUUUGCUAAAGCGCUAGGUCUUAAAGUCAUUGCUAUUGAUGCUAGAGAUGAAGCGUUACAACUUGCUAAAGACUGUGGCGCUGAUGUGUUGGUAGAUGCACGUCAAGAUAAAAACAAAGUUAUAGAAGAUGUCGAGAGGGUCACGGGCGGCCAUCGUGCAAACUCGACUAUCAACGUUAGUGAUCAUGAAAGCGCUGCAGCAACAGCGAUCGCCGUUACAAAGAGGCACGGAACGAUGAUUCAGAUUGCUCAGCCCGAGAAAAUUAGCGUCCCAUUUGAAGAUUUGCUUUUUCGGGAUAUCAGAAUCCAUGGAAGUCUUGUUGGAUCCCAAGGCGAAGCACAAAAAAUGCUAGAAUUAGUAUCAAAGCACAACAUUAAAAUUCAAACAAACCCAUUUAAAGGCUUGGGAGAGAUUCCCAAGGCAAUGGAGCUCGCUCACUCAGGCAGAAUGAAAGGGAAACCUGUCAUCAUAGUGGAUGACGAGGCCAUUGAAAAAGAGAAAAAGUCGGGACUACAAAUGAUAUGA